AUGAGUAAAGGUGACUAUUAUAAUCAUUUGUUUUACGGACGUUUUAAUUUUAAGGUUCUUGCCGUUCGUGAUACAUCAAGCGGGAAACCUAUUCUGCGGAUGUUCAAUAUAGCGCUUAUUAGUGAGAUUCGGGAAAUAUCAGGACCGGCUAAUGGUGAUUCACUAGAGACGAUGUUUUCCCCAAGCUCGAUGAGCAAUCAACAGGUAGCUGACAGGAGUGCGGUAGCUGAAAACCGUCGGUGCGUGGAAGCGAUGGAGACAGACGUCACGCUGGAUGGCCAAAGAGCUUUCAUUCAACUCCGACGAACUCUUGACGAUGUUCGUUGGAGAGGUGAAGACAUAUCGGUCCUGGAACGUGUAGUUGUGCGACCACCAUACACGCCUGAAAGUGCUGUAGCAGUGCAGGAAGGCGACUCGCAAUCCCAAUCGGCACUUAUGCACGUUCGUAAAAUAUUGUCGAAGCCUUUCAUUCCUGAACAGAAGCUGACUGCGUGCUGUGUGGCUCCAGAAGGCAACGGCGGUCUCUAG